GGUAUGUCGUCAUCAGCCGGCGGAGCCUCGAACACACCAUGAGCAGAAAGAAACUUCCCUGAAGUGUUUGAGGGACUUUCCUCGUCUCUAAUCGAACUGACGGAAGCAACUUAGAAGAACAGUUGUGUUUGCAAGAUGAAUUUCUCUGAGGUUUUCAAGCAAUCCAACCAACUCUGUAAAGUUUCCCCAGAUGGGAAAUAUUUGGCUACCUGUGUGCAGUACAGGCUGGUGGUGCGAGACGUGAGCACACUGCAGAUCCUGCAGCUCUACACCUGCCUGGACCAGAUAUCCCACAUGGACUGGUCUUCCGACUCUCUCUUUAUCCUCUGUGCUAUGUACAAGAGGGGACUGGUGCAGGUGUGGUCUCUGGAACAGCCAGACUGGCACUGUAAGAUUGAUGAGGGCUCAAUAGGACUAGUCUCCUCGCGCUGGAGUCCAGACGGACGUCACAUUCUCAACACCACAGAGUUCCAUCUGAGAGUCACCGUCUGGUCCCUGUGCACCAAAGCUGUGUCUUACAUCAAGUAUCCCAAAGCAUGUCAGAAAGGUAUAGAUUUCAGCAGAGAUGGCUGCUACAUGGCCUUGGCUGAACGCCGUGACUGCAAAGACUACGUCAGUGUAUUUGUGUGUGAAGACUGGCACUUACUCCGGCAUUUUGAGACUGAGACACAGGACCUGGCAGGGUUGGAGUGGUCUCCCAACGGCUGUGUGCUGGCAGUGUGGGAUAGCUGUCUGGAGUACAAGGUGUUGCUGUAUUCUUUAGACGGCCGGUUGCUGUCGACCUACAGCGCCUACGAGUGGUCGCUGGGUGUCAAGUCUGUGACCUGGAGCCCCAGCAGCCAGUUGCUGGCCAUCGGCAGCUAUGAUGAAAAGGUGCGCAUCCUCAAUCAUGUCACGUGGAAGAAAAUCGCACAGUUUGAGCACCUAUCAACCAUCAACAACACAAAAGCGGUUGUGUAUAAGGAAGUGGAGAAAAGGCCAGCUGUUGGCAGUGAUGACCUGUCGCUACACAACAUCACAGCUGGCACCACCCUCUUCAACACCCAGAGCAAAUACGAGAUCUGCCCGCUGCCAGUCCAGGUUCCUGUAGUCAAACCAGACCCAGACCGAGCCAACCCCAAGAUCGGUGUCUCUGCGUUGGCAUUCAGCUCAGACAGUCGCUAUCUAGCCACCAAAAACGACAACAUGGCCAGCGUUGUCUGGGUGUGGGACAUGCAGAAGAUGAGCCUGGUGGCCGGGCUCGAGCAGACGUCAGCCGUGCGUUGCUUCCAGUGGGACCCCCGACGCCCCCGGCUGGCGCUGUGCACGGGCAAUGCCAAACUCUACCUGUGGUCUCCGGCAGGCUGCGUUUCCGUCCAAGUCCCCACUGAAGGUGGUUUCCAGGUCCAGUCGCUGAACUGGCACUGCAGCGGAGACUCUCUGAUCCUGCUCGGCAAGGAGCAGCUGUGUUUGUGCUACAUGGACACCGACCAGGAUGACAAGUAGAACACAGGUCUAGCUUAUUUAGCCAUACACACCUGGCCGGGGAUGUGUUAUGGUGAUGACGAAAAGAAAGACUGGUGGGAACACUCCUCAACUUUCACAUGCUGAACUGUAGCGGCUCACCAAGGUUUUAAGGGCCCUCAGUGCAGGUUAGUGGGAUGGUCCUUUUCUUGUCAAGUUGAAAAUGUAGGAAAAACCUAACAUGACAUUCCUCCUGAGAGACACAGAAUGGAUAAAUAUCACUUUUUAAAUAACCAAAAGCGUACUAAAGCACUAGUUUCAAACACUGUGAGAAGAUAGUUUUAUAGAUUUCACUGUACAUAAGUAUUUUGUAUUGUUUUACCUUGAAAUUGUGUAAUUAUUUUGAAUAAAUUGUUAUAAAUAAUGCAGCUAAAA